AUGGCUCCGAUCACCUCCGCUGGGUUUCCAAGUGAAACACUGCUGGUGCUGUGGGUUACUUUGUGGCAGUCUGGCUCCACAGAGCGCUGGUUCCGCCGUGUGUUGAGAGGAAGGCCUGCCAAACCAUCUUAUGAUGACACCUACAGCCACUUACAGAACAACCCUUGGGCCAAAAUGAGACAGUUUGUUGGGGGGAGCCGCGCUACGGCCCCGCUGCUGGUGGCGCUGGCGGUGUGGGUGGGGAGCGCAGCGGAAGACGGCGGCUGUCCGCUGCCGCAGGUGCAGUGCCCACGCCGCGGCGUUCACGGUUUCGGGCCGCCACGGACCCGGGGCUCCUGGACCUCCGCAACGAAGGUCGUCAACACCACGGACCGCCUCGAGCUGCAGGGCCUCGUCCUUGGGCCCAGCUGGGACGUGCCAAACUUACCCCAGUUGCGACUGCUUCGCCUGAAGCGAUGCCGGCUGCAUUCACUACUGAAUUCGACCCUUGCUGGUGCACCCGGUCUGCGGCUGGUGGAUCUCGAGCACAACUUGCUGCGAAUAGUAGCUCCUGGAGCGUUCCGGCCCGUUUCCAGGCUGGAGCACCUCUCACUACGCAGGAACCAACUCACUGCGCUGCCGCCAGAUGUCUUCGAGGCCAACGGCAACCUCGUAUCGCUCGUUCUGGACUCUAACAGACUGGAGGCUCUACCUGCAUCUCUCACAACAGCCUCGAGAUCGCUGAGGUACUUGUACCUCAAGGACAAUAUGAUUCGGCACCUGAGUGCCUCUGUCUUUAGUAAGCUCACGAACUUACGACUGUUGGACGUGAGGGGCAACCCCCUGCUGCAGUUCAGCACCAAUUCCUUCAUAAUGAUGCUGCAGCUCAAGCACUUGUCGCUCUCUGUUUACGACUUUGGGCUCCUUCGCCUUCUGCGGGAUUUGGUUUCGCUAAGUAUCGAAGGCAGUGGUGUCAAACAAUUCGGAUAUCAAGCUUUCGACGAAUUCACACAGCUGAACAAGCUUUCGCUGUCUAACAAUGAGCUGUUCAGCGUGGAAACUAGAACUUUCAAUCAUCUGACGAAGCUCCAGGUCCUCGACCUGAACAGCAAUAAAAUUGAAAACAUCACGCGUUCCCCGUUCUACAUGCUGUCGAAUCUUUACUCUCUGAAUCUCGCCAACAAUAGCGUCACGAGGCUUUUCAGCAGUUCGUUUAAAGGUCUAGGUAAUUUGCGGGAGCUGAACGUGUCGCGGAACAGGAUAAACUGGAUCAGCGCGAACGCUUUCGAGGCGCUGGGGAGGCUGUCGGUGCUGGACCUGUCGUACAACCGGCUGGAGAGCCUGGCGGCGGAGGCGCUGGCGCCGCUGCGGCGCCUGCGGAUGCUGUCGCUGAGGGGGAACCUGCUGGCCACGCCGGCGCUCGUGUCUGCCCUGCCGCCGUUGCCCGCGCUGCAGCAGCUGGACGCGUCGCUCAACGCGCUGGCGGAGCUGCGCGCAGACCAGUGGCGGUCGCUGGCGGCCCGCCUGCCGGCGCUCUGCCGCCUCGACGUGGCGGGCAACGCGCUGCACCGGCUGGAGCCGGCAGUCGCACGGUGCCUGCGCCACUGGGCCACCGCCGCCGAGCUGCGCCUCGGCCCGCGCUGCGUAUGUGGCGCCCAGCCGCCUCCGUGGCUGGCGGACAUCGGCCUCACCUGUCCGUCUGACCCGGAGUGUCUCAUGGACCCACAGAUUGCCCGCAUGGCGAUUCUGGUCGUGACGUGCGUCGUGGCUGCGGUGCUGCUGGUUGCUAACGCGGUGCUGGGAACCGCGCUCUGCCUGAGCCACUGCCGUCGAAGGCAGCAGGUGAAGCUGCGUAGGCGGCGGGGGCGGCAGCGGCAGCUGGAGGCUGCCCAGAGGCGCGUCUCCUCCUGGUGGGCGCUGGAGGAGGGCCGCCCCACCGGGCUGACCGACGCGCUGCGCCAGUUCCAGCCGCCGGACCAAGAGCCCGACGUUUCGGCUCCCACGUCGCCCAUCGUCUUCAGGAGGCCCGACACUGCCGAGAGCCCUGCUCUGCGCUCUGGCUCGUGGUCCUGGUUCUACAGCCAGCCACACUCAGUGCGGGGCACUCCUACGUCUCCACCGGCGAGCCUCAGGACGUAG